CGCCUCACAAACAACCACAGAACCACAAGUGCGGUGCAAACUUUCUCCAGGAGGACAGAAAGGAGUCUCUGGUUUUUAAAUGGUUAAUCUCCGCAGGUCACUACCAGCCACUGAGACCAACAGAGUCAGUAAGUGCUCUCUAACCACAGUCUAUGCAGUAAUAGUAGGUCCUUCAAAUAUUUGCUCAUUCUCUUUUUUUUUGUUUUGUUGCCUUCCUUUUCACAUGUUACCAGCACUACACAAUUUUUUGACAGAGAAAAAACCAACUAUAAAGUCUUUGCAAUCCAGGGACACAGUAAAACUAAAACAAGGUUUGGCUAUGGUUUGUGUUUUCAGUUUGAGGAUCCAAGAAGUAUUUGCACCAGAAGGUGAAAGCUCUGCGUGAACCGAGGGACUAUGGCAUCAAACAGCCUGUUCAGUUCAGUGACACCAUGUCAGCAAAACUUCUUUUGGGAUCCCAGCACCAGCCGGAGGUUCAGCCCCCCCUCCAGCAGCCUGCAGCCCGGCAAGAUGAGCGAGGUCAGCCCGGUGGUGGUAGCCCAGCAGCAGCAGCAGCAGCAGCAGCAACAGGACGCGGCGGCCGCCGUGCCCCGGCUGCGCCCCCACGAUAACCGCACCAUGGUGGAGAUCAUCGCUGACCACCCCGCCGAGCUGGUCCGUACCGACAGCCCCAACUUCCUCUGCUCCGUCCUGCCCUCGCACUGGCGCUGCAACAAGACCCUCCCGGUGGCGUUCAAGGUGGUGGCCUUAGGAGAAGUGCCCGAUGGGACAGUGGUGACCGUCAUGGCUGGAAAUGAUGAGAACUACUCUGCAGAGCUGCGAAACGCUUCUGCCGUGAUGAAGAACCAGGUGGCCAGAUUUAAUGACUUACGAUUUGUGGGCAGAAGUGGAAGAGGGAAGAGCUUUACUUUGACAAUAACUGUCCUGACAAAUCCCCCCCAAGUCGCUACAUACCACAGAGCUAUAAAGGUUACGGUGGAUGGGCCAAGAGAGCCAAGAAGGCACAGACAGAAGCUUGAUGACUCUAAACCUAGUUUGUUCUCUGAGCGCCUCAGUGAUUUAGGGCGCAUUCCUCAUCCCAGUAUGAGAGUAGGGGUCCCGACCCAGAGCCCACGGCCCUCUCUGAACUCUGCACCAAGUCCUUUUAAUCCACAAGGACAGAGUCAGAUUACAGGUGCUUCAGAGCUGGGCCCAUUUUCAGAUCCCAGGCAGUUCACAAGCAUUUCAUCCCUCACUGAGAGCCGCUUCUCCAACCCACGAAUGCACUAUCCAGCCACCUUUACCUAUACACCGCCAGUCACCUCAGGCAUGUCACUGGGUAUGUCCGCAACCACUCACUACCACACCUACCUACCACCACCCUACCCCGGCUCUUCCCAAAACCAAAGUGGACCUUUCCAGACCAGCAGCACUCCAUAUCUCUACUAUGGCACUUCGUCAGGAUCAUACCAGUUCCCCAUGGUGCCGGGAGGGGACCGCUCCCCUUCCAGGAUGCUCCCGCCGUGCACCACCACGUCCAACGGCAGCACACUGCUAAACCCUAACUUGCCCACCCAGAGUGAUGGGGUGGAGGCGGAUGGCAGCCACAGCAGCUCCCCAACCGUCUUGAAUUCUAGUGGCAGGAUGGAUGAGUCCGUUUGGAGGCCGUACUGAGAUUUCUUCUGUAGCCGGCCCGACCUCCGCAAGCCAAAAAAAAAAAAUCCACCAAACCACCAAACGGUCGACUAACUACGAAGUGCCUGUUUUUUGUUUCUUUUUUUUUUUAAAAAAAAAACAGAUUUUACCAAUAUGUGCAACUGUGUAGAUGGGAUGAUAAUGGCCAUAAAUAACACAAGAGUUACCAACAUACCACAACCCAUGUUUCAGAUUAUGUGAAUCAAAUCACAUAUUUUUCUUUUCUCCCCUUGGAAACAUUUUACCUUGUUUUAUAUUUAAAAUGUACUUUCUACACACACACACACAAAAUCACCCCCUCUUUUUUUUUUUGGAAUUUUUUCCUUCUAUUUUUUCCCCCUAGAGUUUUGUAAUAACUAGUGAGUAAUUUUGCUAGCAAGGAGAGAACGGACUCCCUGGCUAUCAGGAGAAACAUGGUGAUGCAAGGCAAAGGCUGCAUUCCCUUUUAUUUUAAUAGAAAACCAAAACUAACCAUGAACUCCAGAUACAGUUGCAAUCAUACAACGUAUGGGACCCUCUCCACACCUGUAGUGCAAUUCACCUGGUUUGUAUUGGUGCACAUAAAAAGGAAAGCAAAGAGCAAGUUGCUUCCAUUUUGCUAUGAUCCAUUCAGAUGAAAACAGCUGUCCCAAAAAACUCUGUCCGAGCCUUGCUGCGGAUAACGGUUGGAAUUUCUGUGUUCAUUGCUUUCUUGGUUUGUUUUUGGGUACUUAAAGAGAAUGAGUUUUCAAGUUAGGUGAGCCAUCCCCGGGGUUUCCUUUUUGCUUUUGUAUCCGUUAGUUUUGCCUUUGAUUAGCCAAAAAAACCAAAAAUAAUAACCAAAACCUUGAAAAACAAAAAAACAAAAUGUUAUCACUUAUGCAAAUAUGAGAAUGGCAAUAUAUAUUACUAGAGCCAAAAUGGUAUACAUAGUAUUUGUGUUCGGCUAUGUUCUUUUUUAUUUUUUUUAAAUUAUAAAUGUGUAAAAUUUGAGGUUGUUUGCUAACAUGAAUCAUCAUUUAAGUUUAAAAGAAUAUUUAUAAUUAUUUAAUGACAUUUGGACCCUUUAAACGUUUCUUAAUGUAAUGAUAUAUUGACUUCGGUCUCUAAAAGUGUUUUUGUUUUGUUUAGUUUUUUUGGGUUUUUUUUAUUACAUUUCUGCAAUAGUGUAAACCUCAGACCUUUACCCAACUCUGAAAAGCAGUACCAGUGUGAACCAGUUUACAAUGUGACUUAAAAACAACAAACCCAACCUAAAUGCAUCCACAUCAAAUGAUUUUGGAUGUAGGAUCUUUUUAUAUAACUUAUGAAGGAAAUAUUGUGUUUAAAAUAUUUUUAUUAGCUGUCUGGUUGCCUUCAACACAGUCUUGCCUUUUAAUCAGUAGUUGUGGAGACACUGGAAAAAUGGUAGGAAGGAUGAAAUAUUUUCCACCCUUCCCCUAAUUUCUUCUUCUCCAAGGAUUUUUUUCUCAGAAAUUCAAAAUUUGAGAAGAUUCAUAUUUAAAAUGGUCUAUUUUGACAGCAUAAUUUGGAUUUCAACAGGGGUUUUUUUUUCCCAAAGAAAAAUCAAAACCGUUUCAAAGCCCAUAUUUUGCAAAUGAUGAAUUGUUAAAUAUCUCAGAACUGGGAUUAAGGGAGAAAUGGUGAAACAUUUUCCCCUCCCCUUGCAAUUUCAGCCCACUCGGCAGAAAUUAAAAGGUUUCAAACUUGAGACAGAAACUGCCUGGUAGCGAGUCACCACCCGUUAGCAUUAAAUGCUGGAGCUGUGCAGAUGCUAUGGUGGCUCUGAAGCUGAUGUGGCUAUUGCCAUGUUAGACAGACGAGCACAAGGGCAGCAAUACUCACCUCUGCCCACACAGAAGCCACAAACUCACCUUCAAAGCCACCCUGGGGCUCCCAGGGGUGGUACAAGCAGAGCAGCUUGCACCCAAACCCCAACCUGUCUGUGGCCAAACUACCCUGCAGAGAAGCCCCAGUUUUGCCCAGCCCAGGGCUGCCAUGGCAAGCAGAGAGGUGACAUGGCAUUGGCUGGAUGUGGUGGGAGCUGAGUCAUCCUCCCCAGGCUCCCCCCAGGCAGGUGUUAAGCCUGGCUUAGUGGGAUGUUCAGCACAUGCCAGUGGGCUUGGCCAAAGCUCCCUCCUUCCACUGCCUCAGUCACCGCUGCCCGCAGCCUCCAAGCUGCUCCUUGGGUGAUCUUUGGCUACUUCCAAAGUAAAAUCAAGUAAAUCAAUGUUGGGCACAGCCACACAGAGCCGGACACCACCGUCACUGCUCGUUAGCAGUGAAGCUGUUAAACGAGCUGCCUUUAGCAUGGUACAGCCCUCCAAUCUGCGUGAUGACGUGCUCUUAAAAAUAAUAAUUAAUAAAGUCUUUGCCUUCUAAAGGUUGUAUACCAAGUAUGCUUAAAGUAUAAGUAAGACACUUUGUUUUUCUUCUAAUACUUAGUUUUCCUUCAAAGAUGGAAGCUGUAAUUGAUUCUAUUUAUUGUUGGUUUGUGGUAGCUUGAAGCAUACCACUGUCCAUUUAUUUGUAACUGUAAAGUAACGUUUGUUAGUCUCAGCAGCACUUAAAAAACCAGUGUCUGGUUACACAUUUCAGUUUUGUUUUUUGUUUAGUAAGCAAGAGAAAAAGAGAUGUACUGCCAGUGCAAGCUGUUUCCUAUUUAAUAAAAGGUACUAUAUUUGUA